UGAUGUUCCUUGAUUUGGCAACCCGUAGCUCCGGGGGUUGGUCCUCUUUACAGCGGAGCCGGUGACUGAGGUUAUUCGUUGGCAUGUCUGGGAUAACUUCCAGGGAUAAAGUCUCUCUCUCGCUCUCUCUCUCGCUCUCUUCGUGAUUUCUAUCAAUUUUCCCCAAGUGAACCGGCGCUGCUGUUUCUCAGCCUGAGAUAGGAACACGCUUGCUGAGCUUCGGGAAAAUCUCGCCCUGAGUUCGGACAGGAAACUGAAAUAAUUCCUGUGGAUGGUCGUUUAAUUGUUCGAAGGACGUGAGUGACAUCUCUGUACAGAAGUAACAUGCGCUGAUUUAGCGUUUUCGAAAGGCGGUGCUACAAAUGAAUGAAGGUGAAUAUCUGAGAAAUGUUCUUCGAGUGAUGGAGCGCUUUUCAAUCGCCUUGAAUUUGAAUAAAUCUGUUGUCUAGGAUACUGUACACUGAAUUACAAGUAUUUCAACUGAACGUCUUUUAGCCUGAGUUCGCUUGCUUUUACUUACUGAUGGUAGCAAUUACCUAAGCUAAUUGAAAUCAGUAAAAAAAAAAUUUUAGUAUUCUUUUACUGUACUUGGGUGCAGUCACUGGUAUGCAGCUACAGUAGCCUACUAUCAGUCUUAUGACACUUUGUUACCUUGUUUCAACUCUCUAUUUCCUGAAGUUCAACUUGUAAACAUGAGGGGGAGAGUUGUAUGGAGGGUCGUUUUUAUGUAUUAUUUAGCAGUGUUUGUGUCAGACUGCAGCAGAGUUGAAGGUAAACAGGUUGGUCUGAGACUCAAAAAAGUACGGCUGCCGUCGAGCUUGUUGUCAAGGCAGAGCUCUCUCUCCAGGGCAGCUCAGACAGAAGUUAUUGAGAAACCAGAAGAAAUGCAACAGGAUGAAGCCAGCACCAGUCGAAACAGAAGGGUGUUGAGCCAGACAAGACACAUACAGGGUGUGUUAGGAAAUCUCCAGAGGGGUGGUGGUGUGCCUGGAGCACGGGCUGCCCUGUCCCGUAUGCCCAAUUCUGCUGGAUCGCCCAAUCUUCUGGCCACAUUUGCUGGGAAAAAUCGUCUACUGGUCAUCUCAGCCCCUCACGAAUCAGAUGGGUAUUACAGGUUAAUGAUGAGCCUGCUCAAGCCAGAUGUGUAUUGUGAGCUGGCUGAACGACAUGUGCACCAGAUUGUGAUGUUUCACCAGGAUGGUGAGAUGGGAGGGAAAGUCAGACGCAUUACCAAUGUGGGCAAAGUGAUGGAGGAGCCUCUGGAUAUAGCACUUAUCCCUCGACUCAUGAACUUUCUUAAGUUAGAAAAAGGAAAGUUUGGUAUGGUACUCUUAAAGAAGACACUACAGGUGGAGGAACGGUACCCGUAUCCAGUGAGGCUGGAGGCCAUGUACGAGGUCAUAGACCAGUCACCAAUUAGAAAGUUGGAGAAGAUGCGACAGAAGGGUUUUGUGCAAAAGUGUAAGGAGGCUGGGCAGGAGGGUCAGGUGGAUGAGGGCAUCCCUAGCACUGGAUCUCAGGUAAACCCACCCAAUAUGAGAAGACAAGAGAGAAAAGAUGGACUCAAGCAAACCACCACCACAUCAUCUACAACUACAAGACCAACUACUACACCUACUACUACUACUCCUACUCCUACUACUACCACAACUACCACAACAACUACAACCACCACCACUCCCCCCCCUACCACUCGUCCCACAACAACUGACCGCUUUACAACCAGUUCUACACAAGCCACUAUUAUAAUCCAGAGGUCAACAAAAGCUCAAAAGAUACAACAAAAGGGCCCCAACUCCAAGACCAAAAUUUACCAUUAUGAUAACAGGGACCAGUCUAAGAAAAACAAUAUUCAACCAACCACCCCUUCCUACUAUUAUACCAAAGCCUACACUGCAAAAAACAGAGACAAUCGUACUGACCGAAAGGACUACACUCGUAAACAGCCUGGUAUGCCGCCAAGGCAACACAAGCCAAACAAAUCUAAGCCACCUAAAAAAAAGAAUGGAGAUGGUGAUCUGAGUAAUGCAUAUGAGGAUAAGUAUGAUGGUAAACCUACAGACACUUAUCCGGUGGAAAAGGAGAUUGAGGGCAUUCAUGUCAAGAAAGUCAAGGACAAGCAGAACAAAACAGAGAAAAAGAAGAGAAAAGAAAAAUCAGACAAGCUGCCAAAGGACAAGUCAAAAAAGAAGGGGAAAGAAGAUGGAGGGAAAUCUGAGAAGAGAGAAAAGGACAGGAUUGUGAAAAAUAUGGACAAGUUGAUUGAAAAAGAAACCAAGGACUACCAGAAGCCUACAAAGAAACCACCACCUCCUACAAAGGGAGCUCUGGAAACAUUUUUGGAAUAUUUCGAAAACAGAAGGCGGUUAAUUCUGAUAACUGCUCCAUCAGAGGAGAACAGCAUGUAUAUACAGCAGAGGGAUGAGUAUUUAGAGCAUGUGUGUGAAAUGGCUAUCAGAAAGGUCUCUAUUAUCACAAUCUUUGGGACGUUGACCAACAGCACCAUGAAAAUUGAUCAUUACCAGCUUGAAAAUGACAAACCUAUGAAGGGCCUUCGGCAGGAGGAUCUGGUGAACCAGGAGCUCAUCACAGAUCUGAGGAAGGAGUUCAGAAUGACGUACAAUGAUUUCUAUAUGGUGCUUACUGAUAUGGACAUGAAAUGGAAGCAAUUUUAUGAGGUCCCAAUUGCCAUGAAGGCUGUAUUUGGAUAUAUCGACACAUUCUCCUCUCGAAUUAGAGAAAUGGAGCAACAAAAGCGAGAUGGAGUGACAUGUAAAAAAGAAGACAAGCCACGGUCAUUAGAGAACUUCUUGUCCAGGUUCCGGUGGAGGCGCAGACUUUUUGUGAUAUCUGCUCCCAAUGAUGAAGAAUGGGCCUAUCAACAACAACUCUAUGCUCUAUCCAGUCAGGCAUGCAACCUGGGGCUCCGUCAUAUAUCUAUUUUAAAGCUGCUGGGGACUGAAAUUGUAGACAUGGGUGGAGUGUUGGAGCUUUACCCCAUUAAUGGCAGUGCGACAGUGGACCGGGAGGGCUUGUCAGCGACAUUAGUGAGGGACAUCAGGAAUUACUUCCAGAUCAGCCCUGAAUAUUUCUCCAUGUUGCUGGUUGGCAAGGAUGGCAAUGUAAAGUCAUGGUACCCAUCACCAAUGUGGUCCAUGGCCAACAUUUAUGACCUGAUUGACUCAAUGCAACUACGUAGGCAGGAGAUGGCUAUCCAGCAGAGCCUGGGCAUGCGCUGCCCUGAGGAUGAGUAUGGCUACCAUCAUGGUUACCACAACAGCUACCACGAGGGAUACCACGAAGGAUAUGGUUACUAAAGCUUGUAAGUCAGUCUGAGUUCCCCCAAAAGAGCUUGUAUUUUCCAGUGGACUGAAUAUCAGUGUCAAAGGUCACACACCAUACUUUUUACCUGUUUUUUUUUAUGUAUCAAUUGAGUUAUAGCUGUCUUAUUUUUUCUAUAGUUUUACUGUCUGCCCCUGCUUGAAGAUAUAAUGUUUUUCAGCCAAUUAUAUUAUUUUUCUUUUUAGAUAAAAGCUGAUAAACAUUUGUUUUUAUUGUGGAUGAAGUAAUCAGUUUCAGGGUGACAGCUGGAUUUGUGUUAAUGGAAAUUGAUUUGGAUUCUUGUUAGUCCACUGUAAAUCUCUGUUAAAUAUUUACUGUUUCCUUAUUUAUAAUGAUGUCAAUAAAAAAACUUUAGUUUA